AUGUCGCGGGGUCAGCGAGAACUUUCUAUCGCCCAACGCCGGCGUAGGCGUCACGUCUCUUCAACUCGCAGCAAUGUGAAUGACCUCGUUGGCAUACCGUGGAAAGAGGAGAGGGAUCUUCGAAAAGCCAUCUACGACUCCCUGCGCGACCAGCAUCUGACUCCCUCGCAUCACUCUCUGCGUCCGUACAAUCGCUGUAAGGCGACAGAGAAGAAGACGAGGAAAGCAGUGGUACCAGCGAUGGCAGAGUCAGUGAAGACCGAGAAGGCCAAGAAGAUGGAGGGAGGCAUCUCAACAAACCCCCACCCACGGAAGUCGCGUCCCCUGCCAGGCAGCCUGUCGCACCAAUUCCUUCUCACCUCUUCCUACUCCCGCUCCUUUGCCCUCCUCUCCCUCACCUCUGCUGCCGCGCGACGCAGUCUCGCUCGUGCUGCUGCCACUGCCAAACCGCGCCCUAGGAAUAUCGUUUCUCGUGCAGGCUCCGCUUCUCGAUCCCUCAAACGAGAUAAUAGUGGAAGACGUGGUUUUCGAGGCUGUGGGAACUCGGCGGUUAUGAAAGCGGAGCAGAAGGAGGCGAAGGAGAAGGAGGACGUCUUUGAGGUGCUGGUGGAGGACGACGAUGGUGAAUUCGUUUCACAAAUCGUUAGCGAGACGUGUUUCAACGCUCUGCGCAGCGUAAGUGCAGCAGAGACGUCUGGCAGACGGGUGGCUAACGCUGCAUCGUCUUUAGUGGUCGUCUCCACUACGGCGGCGAACCGCUCGACUCCGCCUAAGAUUGGUCAGUCAGCUGGGGCACGUACUCCGCCACCCCCAUCACAUCCACCGUCCACCUCUGCUCUGCCCCCCUCGCUGUGGCAGGACUCCCAUGGUCUUCCUGUGGACACUCACGAUUUUGUCGACUUUCUCUGCUUCUACGGGACGCCUUGCCUGCCAGAGAAGCUGGCCUGGUUUGCCGACCCACCUAGCCGAAGGGUCUUUUCCACUGGCCGUCCGAGCUCAGCGACGGGCGGUGCCGGUAAACAGCUUUCACAAUCCACAAGCACCCCGGUUCAAACAUCAUCGUCCACCCCCGCCUCUACCGCCAUCACCGCCCCAAAUAACACGCCUCACAAGACGCCCGUCUUCGUGGCCCGCAAAACAGCCUCCAUCGUCUCUCACCCUCUUAACAGCGCUGCUGUUACUGCCUCUCUCGCCUUCUGCGAGACUGCGAUCCAGCCUUCUUCAGGACCAUCUAGUGCGAAAAGCGACAAUAAUAACAAGAAGAAGAAGCAAUCAGAGUUGACAUUGUCGACCUCUUCAUCAUUCUCUUCACCGUCAUCACCUGUUCCCGAAGUCGCGGGGCGGAGGGAGCAAAACUCGGAGCAAGAACUAAGUUUAGCAGAGGGUCGCAUUCCGGCGUUAAAAAAUCCGGCCGCUUGGCAAAUUCUGGCAACACAUUGUGCCGGUCUCUCUUUUCAUCUCUUCGUUCUGGUCAUUGCGCGUAUUGUCUCCUCUCUAAGAGCCUACUCGGGGUCCAGCUACUCUCGCUGGCAGAAAAAUAAAAUGUACAAAACGACUGUAAAAAUCCCCACUGACUUUGUGAACAUUGAUGAAUUGUGCAAUUAUAUUGAACAAGUUUAUGAUGUUAGGAUUAUGGCACAUCCGGGUUUCACCAAAGAAAUGGUAAUCAGGACCAAUUUAGCAUCAGAAUUGGAAGGCGCACAAAAUCUUGCCCUCCUCUUUAUUGGUCCUGAAUCAAAGUUCGAAUUCGAAUUGCCUGUGAAAAUCCUAAAACUUUUUACUAUUCCUACUAUCCAACGUUACCUUGCGAGGAGCUACAAGCUGAUAGUCACUGAUAUCGGUUGUACUCAUUUGCUUUUUCGUGGCUCCGAGGUAGCCGUAUCACUUAUCUCGAAAGCUUUACUAAAAAUCCAGCUCUCAAAACCCUACUCCCAUUCCUUAGUGGAUGAAAAUUUGAUUAGGUUAUGCUGUUUGCACGACAUAGACGUCAAGCAGCUAAGCGAUGUGAGUGAAGAACUUCGCUCCGUGCUCUACGAUUUUAUUGUGGAACUUGAAAGCCUUAUGAACGCUCAGUGUUCUGCGACACAGGACUCAAAUGGGCUCGAUGAACCUGGGUUCGUUGAGGUAUUCAGGCUGAAUAAAUCUUUGCAAAAUCAGGUGCCGCAAAUCCUGAAAACUUCUCCAUUAAAUGCUUCUGCCGCUACCAAAUCCGCUUCACGACCACGAACGCGCAACCGUGCUCAAAGCUGUGAUCAACGUGGCGUACCACUUAGAGUUCUCGAAACAGAGGUCAGACGUCUUCGUCCCAUCGUGAUAGACGGCGCCAACGUCGCUCACGGCGAGUCUUCUAAUUCCACUUUUAAUGUAUCCAACUUGCGCUGCGUUAUCGACUACUUUGUGCAACGCGGUCAUGAGGAGAUAGCGGUGGUGCUGCCCAGCGAUGGACGGGCGUCCUGUGCCGCGGUCUUUUCGCCCACGGAGAUUGCUAAAUACUUCGUCUUCACGCCUGUCCGACGCCUUGAUCGAGGCGUCCGACCCCAAAGGACUGAUGACGACAGUGUGAUUCUGCAGUACGCCCAAGAAAAGGACGGCGUAGUGAUCUCCAACGAUCAGUAUCGCGACUGGCUGAAGGCAAGGCCCGAAUUCCGCGAUCUCAUCGAAAACCGCGUGAUUCCCUACAGUCUUCGAAUGGGCAUUUUCAUCAUUUCUUUCUACCCCUUGGGCAAGCAUAAGCCCUAUCUUGACGAAAUUCUCGCCUUCCCGGGAUGA